AUGGCCUCGUCACAUUCUGAGAUUGUCGUGGACAGAGAUGGAAUACCCCACUUUACGGGGGCGCAACCGGCACUUGUCCGAGAGUACCGGCGCCGAGUCUUGUUCGUGUACAACUCCCUGGAACGAAGCGGAGACGAGACCAAGGAGGCCCGAUCCUUGAAGAAGAAGCGCAGACGGUUCGCAAGGAAGCUCCUGGACGUGUUGCACGGCGAGGCGUGGAAGGCUUGCCAAGACUUGAUGCUGGACAGCGAGAAGCUGAAGUCUCCAGACGGCUAUAAGGAGAUCUUCAAGACCCUUGGACAGAUCGAGAAGGCAGGCGUCAUCCGCAAGACGGAGGCCUUUGAUCAGCAGCAUGGCAAGGGCGGCGGCCGCCGCGUCUACGUCCACAUGGCCAAGGUGGAGUCGAGUGACGCCGAGUUGUCGAGCAAGACGAGGACAUGGACGACGAAGACAGCCGCCACUUUGCCAUGGAGGCUGACGCCGAGGAUGACGAGAAGUCCGCGUCCGAUGCCGGCGCCUUGGCCCGGCAGCGAGGAGGACAAGAUGGAGCAGGACGCCGGCGCCACAGAGCUUGACAAGAGACGCGAGGCCCGCGUCGACGACGGCAGUGAGUGGGAUGUGGUUUCCGAGCACCGCGGUGCGGGUUAUACCGCUCCUACCUCGUUCGCCCCACCGAUGCCAGAAGUGGGAGGAAGCCGAUUCCUGGAACCCGAGAACGAUCAGCUUUUGGUCAGGGUUCCGGUUAAGAACGUUGAGAAGAUCAAGGUGACGUCCUUUGCCGAAACGAGGCCGAGAUCCUGGAGCGACCCAGAAGCUCUACAAGGGCGAGCCAGUGGAGAAGAAGGGCUGCGCCAAACGCCCUCGGUGGCAGCGGCGACAGCAGCUUAUAUGCGCAGCUCUCGUGUCGGCGGCAGCCUCUCGGCCUAUGAGUUAGCCCUUGCCAGCGAAGACGGCGUCCAGCAUGACGCCGGAGGCGAGCACGACAGGGACCAAGAAGGGAGCAAGCAAGGCAAGCCGUUCGUUUCGAAGUUCCAGGACAUGGAAGUUGGCAAGAUUGUGCCCAAGGUCCUGUGCGUGGUAUGUGACGUUCCUAUGAUUGAUGCAGAGAAGAGGAAGUUUCACCUUUGGUCAUGGAGUUCGCCUAUGUCAACCGUGACCCUGCUGCAGUCCGGGCAUACAGAGCCAAAGGAGCAUGAAUUCAAACAACAGCCACCACCAAUAGAUGAGAAUUCACUCGGCUCCAAGACGGCGCUGAUGGAGAAGUUGAUGAGUCACCCGUGGCUUUCCUGGAUACGGCGUGUGCCUCCUGCUUGUGCUCUCGACCACGGCGAGAAGCUUACGCUCGACAUCUUCCCGAAGGUUUUCACAGUGCCGUCAGACGGCGACACGGUGUACUUGGCGGAGGUCGGCGCCGGCAACGCCCCGCUCUUGCUUUCCGUUCCGGCUACGGGCGGGCUAGACAUGGUCCUCCACAUGAAGGCCCGGCAGGUCUUUGUGCAAGCUUUGGGCCUGGAAGCCAAGAUUGAAGGAGCUGGCCUUCGGCAAGCGAGCGCGAACCCGGGGGCAAGCGUUGACCAGCCACGGGUGACCUUGGAGGCGGAAGACAUCCUCGCCUGCUUCUUGGAGGUGAAAGACGUUGAGCGAACGGAGGGUGAAGGAAUUACAGCGAGGCAGAAAGUUCUGGAGAAGCGAGCGCAGGGUGCCCUCCGCCGCGGCUUCUCCAUGGCCGAGCAGUGGUGCGCCCAAGGACUUCGAGUCACGGUUCCACCUUCGGCGGCAACUUCGGCGUCGCCGGGCGCAUUCGAGGAGUUCAACUGGACAUGCAGCCAGCCUCUGGACUUGCAAGACGGCUAUGAGCUGUUAAGCCCAGCCAGGCGGAAGCUUGUGGAUAAUGUCCUUGAACAGCGCCGGCCCUACCUGACGGUCAUCGUCUUCGACUGCCGAAUGUGGUCGAUUUUGACAAACAUGUCACCUUGGAAGGAUUGUGCGGCGCUACGGCGCGGCCUGGGCAAGCGCGUUUCACAGUUGGCGCUGCGCAUCUGCCGCAAGCAGCGGCAAGCUGGCAGGUGCUAUUUGAUUGAGAACCCAGCCGCGUCGCACGCCUGGAUCUUCGAUAAGAUCCUUGCUGAGUUGUUGUCCAUGGAGGAUGGCAGGUUUGCUUGUGGCGACCAAUGCAGGUCCAUUUGCCGAGGAGUGCGUGACAGCAUGAACUUGGACUAUGCCAUCGCGAUGGCGUACCACGAUGGCAUCUACCUUGCAGGCGCCUACGCGGCCGAGGACGAAGACAUGUCCAUUGAAGGCGACGAGGUCGGGGACUCCGUCGAGGAAGACCGACUACGAGGCGCCAGCGAAGAACGAGUGGCAUUUUGGAGGAGCCGACGGACACGAGCAAAAUGGACAUGCCGUGGACAGGCGAAUACGGAGUUCCAUGCAGAUCCGAAGUGCUCGGGGCCGGUCCGCGCGACGAAGAGGUGCUUCAGCGGUGCAGUGUACGAGGAGCCAGACGAGAUGGCAGAAUACAAGCCCAGCCCAGUUGGCUUGGACGAUAAUGGCCGUUUAGAAAGGCCAUUUGAUGAAGCACCUGCAGCAGAGGGCAACUUCAACAGAGGGGCUUUUGGGUCGACGUCGGACGAGACGCUCGAGCUCUUGAACGGCGGCGAAUGCCGAUGUCGAGACCUCCUAUUCUCUGUAGCAGUAGCAGCCGAGCAAGACGGUGCCGGGCUCAGCACUGACUGGGAAUCACGGUACACAGUGUCCCCGUCAUUUCAGGAGUUGGAGAAGGAGACGCUGACCCUUGGCAUGGACGCGAACAAGCACGAGAACGACAAUGGCAAGUUUGGAGAAGCGUGUGCGCCCGCCAAGUUGCCCAUCACGGAGGAGUUCAACGUGCAGAUUGGCGUGGCCACUGACAGGGCCAAGUACUUCAUCGGGAAGGGCGGCGCCAUGGCAGAUUGGACACGAAUCGUCAUGGCCACCGGCGCUGUUACCCAGGCAAAGAAUUCGGAGGAUGAGGCCAACAGACUUGGAGCACAAGCUUUGGGUGCCAAGAUGUUCCGCAAGACGCAGCUGAGAAUGGCAGCUUGGGAAGCCUUGGCUCAGGCAUCCAAUUCGGAUGCGAGCCAAGCCCGAACUGCUGGCGGGGAAUCGCGAGAUUUGUUGGGCGAGAAGGUCAGUCAGGAGAUGGAGCUCGUGGAUCCAGUUCCCGUCUCUGGUGGUGCCGGUUUCAUCGAUCUUCGACAAGCACCGGGGGAAAUGCCGGAAAUGCACGACCGCCCGGACGGCAAGACGGUGGAUCAGAGGGCGAAAGCAAGCGCUCCAGUUGACGUCGACCCGACUGGAGAGGAGGACCUGGACUUGGCUGAGUUCGAUCCGAAAGUUCACGACUACCACCAGUCAGCGCCGAGAAGGCAACUGACGCCUGUGGUGGAGGAUCCGGAGGCAGAAGUUGAAGCUGCCGAACGCGAAGCCAAGAGGUUGGUUGCUUCGUCCGCCAACUAUGUUGACCAGUUCAGCGCUUUCCUGACGGCCAAGUCCGAGGACUAUACCUGCAAAGAUGCCUGUGGAGUCCUGAGCCUUCAGGAGAGCCAGCGCAUCCGCCGCAGCAAGCCUGCCUUGUUGCGCACCAACAAGCAUGACGGCAUUGUUGGGAAAGACUUCCUACCAAAGUCGAGGUUGGUGGUGCAAGGCUUUAAGGACAAGUCGUUGGGCUUCAACCGCAGGGACAUUAAGAAUGCAUACUUCAGUGGCAAGAACGUUGGCAGAAAGAUCUACUUGGGCCAGCAUCGAGGCGGACUACCUGGUUUGGAGAAAGGUCAGUUGCUGCGAGCCAAGAAGGCCAUCUAUGGCUUUGCUGAGGCAGCCCGUCUUUUCUGGAAAGAGCACAUCGAAAGCGACGGCUGGCAGGAUUCCCGUUUGGAGCCCGCCCUCUUCUACCUGCGAAAGGCUGGCAAACUUCUUGGGAUCCUGAUCACCUAUGUGGAUGACUUGGAGGGCGGCAUGGUCAUGCAACAUCCUGGGAGUGGCCGCGUGGACGUGACCAUGAAGAACUACGCUCUCAGCGUGAAGCACGUGAAGGUUGACAACAUCCGCCGGAAGCAGUUGGUUUCCGAGCUAGAGCCCAAAGAGAAAGAGAGGUUCCAGAGCCACGCGGGCGAGCUUGGAUGGUUGGCGAGACAGCUUCGCUGCGACCUUGCUUACGAGCAGGGGAUCAUCCAAAGAGGCAAGUCUGAUGUUUGCGUAGCCGACUUGUUGAGGCUGAAGCAGUACAUCGGUCAUGCCAAUGGCACUCCAGACCACAAGGAGGACCUGAAGUACAAGAGCGUCCCAGGAUACUUCAUCAUGGAUGUCGUUGAGCGCCGGAGGAGGGUGUACGUCACUGACGCCAAGUCCCUGUAUGAUUAUCUCCAGCGAGAUGUUACAAGUACUUUGAGCGACAAGCGCAUGGCGAUAGAGGGCCCGCUGCUUCGAGAGACCGUUCGCAAAGAGAACGCCUUUAUGUCCUCACGAAGGCGAUUGCAGAGCAAGACACUUUACGUGAAUUUCUGCGUUCUGGAGUUGGCUGUGAGCACUGCCCAGCCGCGACUUUCUGUUUUCAGUGCAGCCGGAGAUGGCCCUGCGUUCCAGAUUCAGGAGGAGAAUGAUGGGACAUGGAACACCUACUACCUACCGGGAGCCACCAUCACUGACAAGAGAACUGUCACGUACGGCAUCAAUGACAAGUACUACCUCAUGACGCUUGGGUGA